AUGGCUUCAGGCAAAGACACUUGUCCGAUCCUACCUAAACUCGCCAACAACUGUUCUGAUGAGAAUUCAGAUAAGCUUGCUAAUAAGUGUUGUGAGAUUCAUUUGCCACGGUUUUCCUUAAAGCAAGGGAUGAUCCCAAGACAUUAUGUAAUGCCUUGGAAGCAGAACAUGAAAUUCAGGAAUGUGAAUCUGAAGCACGCAGAAGCAUGUGGGAUCCAUGCUGGCCCUUUGGAAGACUCUCUGUUUUUGGAUCACAGUGAAAGGCUUUGCCAUGGGGAAGAUCGUAAAGUUGUCUUGAAGAAAGGCCCCCCAGAAAUAAAAAUUGCGGAUAUGCCUCUGCAUUCACCUCUCUCCAAGUACCAAAGCACUGUGAUUUCCCAUGGCUUCAGGAGGCGACUCAUCUGA